GUGGGGAGUGCUUUACACUCAGUGUUAGAACACUUGUGAAAGUGUUUGUUUCUGAAAAGCAGAAAAGGAAACUUCCAGGAUCAUGCUUGAAGAGCUUUUUAAGUCCUCCAUUUCCGUUUUGCUUUUGGGGGUCAUCAUUGGCCUGUUGAUCAUUCAGAUUCUUUUAUCCAGCUUCAGCUCUAAAGAAAGGAGAGAGCCUCCAGGACCCAGACCUUUUCUUCUGCUCGGUAACCUGCUGCAGGUCGAUCUCAAGAGGCUCGACAAAUCUCUCUUUGAUCUUUCUAAAACAUAUGGACCAGUGUUUACAGUCUACUUUGGACUAAAGAAGGUCAUAGUCAUAGCAGGUUACAGGGCAGUCAAAGAGGCUCUAGUAAACCAUGCUGAAGAGUUUGGAAACAGAGAAGUCACGCCCGUCUUCUAUGACUUUAACAAAGGACAUGGAAUACUAUUUUCCAAUGGUGACUCGUGGAAGGAAAUGAGGCGCUUUGCUUUAAGUACCCUGAAAGAUUUUGGAAUGGGCAAGAGGAUUAGUGAGGGAAAAAUCAUUGAGGAAUGUCACUAUCUGAUCCAAGAAUUUAAACAGCAUCAAGGGAAAGCCUUCAACAAUAGGCAGACACUAGUUUAUGCUGCUUCAAACAUUAUAUCAGCUAUAAUGUUUGGAAAGAGGUUUGAAUACAAAGAUCCUGUCUUCCAAGCUAUGGUGGAAAGAGACAAUGAGUCCAUCCGUCUGACGGGCUCAGCUUCCCUUCUGAUAUACAACAUAGUUCCGUGGCUGGGUCCAUUUCUUAAAGACUGGAGGGAUUUGAUGAAAAAUGUUGAAGACAACAAGGCGGAGAUGAAAAGGAUCAUAGGAAACCUUAAAGAGACUUUCAACCCUGAGAUGUGCAGAUGCUUUGUUGAUGCGUUUCUGAAUCAUAGGCAAAAACUGGAGAAGUCUGAAAUCAAGGAUUCACACUAUCAUGAUGAUAACCUGCUCUACAGUGUGAUAAAUCUGUUUGCAGCUGGAACCGAUACCACAGGAAAUACACUUCAGUGGUGUCUGCUGUACAUGGCCAAGUACCCUCAUAUCCAAGACCAGGUUCUGGAAGAGCUGAACAGGGUGGUUGGAAGUCGACAAGUUUGUGUCGAGGACAGAAAGAACCUGCCGUACACUGAUGCUGUUAUCCAUGAGUCACAAAGACUUUGCAACCUUGUUCCCAUGGCUAUUCCUCACAGAACCAGCAGAGAUGUUUCCCUUCAUGGCUAUUUUAUCAAAGAGGGAACUACUGUAUUUCCCCUUCUCACUUCAGUCCUAUACGAUGAGAGUGAAUGGGAGAACCCGUUUACUUUUACCCCUUCUCAUUUCCUUGAUCAGGAGGGUAAAUUUGUCAGGAGAGAUGCCUUCAUGCCAUUUUCUGCAGGGCGCAGGGUGUGUCUCGGAGAAGGUCUGGCCAGAAUAGAGAUCUUCCUGUUCUUCACGUCUCUCCUUCAGCACUUUCGAUUCACGCCCCCUCCUGGAGUUUCAGAGGAUGAACUGGACCUGACACCAGUUGUGGGCUUCAUACUCUCUCCUUCACCUCAGAAGCUGUGUGCUGUCAGACGCCAAUGAAAAAGAACCAGAAAUUUUUGAUAACUGUGUGUUUUUCUUAUGAAUUAGCAUUAGUCUAUAGAGUGAAGUACCCGUAAAUCUAAUGCACAGUGAUGGUAUUCUAUGCACUGACAUCUACUUUAGUCUACAUAUCCUCCUUGAUUAAUCCUUUCUAAAGACAA